CUUCCGGUGGUCGCAGCCAGUGUUUCCGUGUCCGGUAUUGUCGUGAAGCCGCAGUAACCAAAGCGUUCCCUUCCUCCACCGAGCCGAGGACGCGUUGAAAGAACACGAUGAGUACUGACAAAUACCCCCGGUCGUCCAUAGAAGACGACUUCAACUAUGGCACGAAUGUCGCCACAGCCAGUAUCCAGAUCCGGAUGGACUUCCUGAGGAAGGUGUACAGCCUGCUGAGCGCGCAGAUCAUCCUGACCACAGCCACCUCCGCCCUCUUCAUGUUCUCUCAACCCAUCAAGGAGUUCGUCCACGCCAGUCCCGCGGUGGUGUUGGCUUCGGCUCUGGGCUCUCUGGUGGUUCUGGUGGCCCUGGCCGUGUACAGACACCAGCAUCCGGUCAACCUCUACCUGCUGCUCGUCUUUACUCUGCUAGAAGCGAUCUCUGUGGCCACAGCUGUGACCUUCUACGAGUACUCCACGGUCCUGCAAGCCCUGUGCCUGACCUGUGCCGUGUUUGCUGGACUGACCAUCUACACGUUCCAGUCCAAGAGAGACUUCAGUAAACUGGGAGCAGGGCUGUUCGCCUGCCUGUGGAUCCUCCUCAUUGCCGGCUUCAUGAGGUUCUUCUUCCACAGCGACAGCACCGAGCUCAUCAUGUCCGGCGCCGGCGCCCUGGUCUUCUGUGGCUUCAUCAUCUACGACACGCACCUGCUGAUGAAGCAGCUGUCGCCCGAGGAGCACAUCCUGGCCUCCAUCAACCUGUACCUGGACGUCGUCAACCUCUUCCUGCACAUCCUGCGUCUCCUGGAGUCCAUGAAGAAGCACUGAGAUCAAUCCACCCGGAGCUGUUGGCGGCGUGGGGGUGUGGGCGGAGCCACGGGCCCCUUUUAGCUUCGUGGACACAUUCUAGGCCCGUUUUCUAAUCAAAUGAGACGGAUUUGAUUUAAAUCCCUCUCGUGGCUCAAAUAUGCCGUUUCACUGAGGAAUAGUUACAGUACAGAAGAUAAAGUCACUAAAACUUUAACAGAAUCACUCACUACAUCCUUCUAUUUUAACAGAAACCCAACAUUAUAACAACAAAAGAGGGAUUUAUUGCAGCACUUUUUCACUCGCUGUCCUAAAUAAAUAUAAAUGAAUAAAUAUAUUUGACCUGUGAAGCAUUAGCGAAUGCAUUUUUUUUUUUUUUUCAAGAAUAUCUUAUAUUUGGAUUUCACACAUCUAUCAUUCCACUAAUUUAUCCUCCAACUGAAUUUAUUGUUGAAUGUCCUCAAUGUUGUCGAACAGGAGUGUUUUUGUAUUCCAGCCUCACUGUUCAGUUUAAAGAAGCGCAUGCCUGGGCUUAUUGAUGUGCGUGAUUGUACAUAUUUCGAUGGCGUCAAUGUAUCCGUGUACAGUUUGGUACCGCAGUGUCGUACGAUGAGGAGUAAUGUCGAGCAUCGGGACACGGUUAAAUGUUAUGAAGACACUCGCGUCAUCGGUUCCUAUUGAAUGAUUCCAUAAACUGACCCUGAAUGUGUUUCAGACGACAGUCUGCAUGUCUUAAUGAGUCACUGUGUCGUGUUGGGUAUGGUUUCGGAUUGAUUGUCCAUUUUAACUGCUGUAAAAAUCUGUCGUUAAACAUUCUUCAUGUUAAAAUAAAUAUUGCAAUAUUUUCUGAAAGGGAAAAAAUUUCA